AAUUUCAUACACUUUGAAAAAAAAAUACACAUAUAUAUAUAAAGUGGAGUAUAAAGAUGGAGGGAGGUGGAAAGGGUGCGGUGGCGUCAGUGAUGGAAGCGGCAGCAAACGUGGCGGCGUCUGCCAAAUCGGGCCUCGACAAAACGAAGGCCGUUGUUGAAGAGAAGGUAGAGAGAAUGUCAUCAAAGGAUGAAGUGGAAAAAGACAUGGCUACUCUUCGUAAGGAUGAGAAAUUGGAUUUAGCUGAGCACCGGAAACAUAAAGCAUAUGCUCAGAAUGCUGCGGCAGCUUCUGCUCCCCCUGGAGCUGUCAGUCCAAACUUCACCGAUGGUAGUGGGUUCGACACUAUUAGUUCACACACCAAGCCGGCAGCCAUACUGUCUAGUAAUGCUGAUCUUGGGGGCCCUGUCGCGGCUACUAGCCACGUUGUUGAGGGAUCGCUAAGUCCUGUCAAUCCGAACCGUAGUGAGCUGCCUGCAUCUUACCACCCCGGAUCAGUUGAUCACAUUCCAAACCAAACCGAGUUUCCUGCACAAGUGGUUCAACCCAGCCCGGCUAUAGUUUCCAAUCUCACCAAUACUGCAAUGCCUUCACAGGUUCAUCCUAUCAAUCCGACUCUGACGGAGAUGGCUCAGCCCGAAAAUAAUACCAGGCCGGGCACAUAUAUGUCUGCAGAUUAGAAAUGAUGGAAUGAAAUGCAGUACUAUUUUCACUAUUUUUAGUGUAGCCUAAUAACUUGUGUUGUGUGAACUAGUAUACAUGUUUUUCUAUGUGUGAGGUGAAUAUUUUAUGAAAUAAUAUUUGUGUAAUUGUU